AUGAUGUUUGCUGCUCUAAUAUUCGUUUUACUUCUUUUCGUACCACAAUCGAUCAUUGGUGAACCAGAAUUCGAAACAAUUCCAUUACGCUUCGAUGCAGUUAUUCAACGAUUGCGCGAUUUUUAUCAGCAUCAUCCAGAUGUCGUCAACGAUCUGGCAAAUACGCCUAUUGUAACAAUUCGACCGGAGCUACUCUUAACUAACAUAUCAUUUUCAAACAAUCAGAGUACUGCUUGUGAACGAGAUUUGGAAAUAUUAAAAACUGCUGCAUUACAACGUCAAUUAUGGGCAAUGAAAGUGUUCGAUGCUUGGGGCAAACCACUACCAUCUGGUCUAUUGAACGGAAAUAUGUUUUGGAUAGGUAAUUAUGAUGAAUGUAUUAAUCCACUCUAUCAAAUAAACAAUAAAUCUUUCGUUCGACAACCAAUUGACACUCAAUAUUGUGCUCUUCAAUCCAGUCCCAUUAACCCACAAUUAAUGACGGGAUUUAGUUUGGUACUUGGUCUUUGUCUGCCAGCAUCUUGUACUCGUCAAUCAAUUGUUACACUCAUACUUGAAAUAUUCAAAGUUCAUAAUUUGACUAAAGAUUAUUUACAAUGUUCAAAUGAUCGUUCUAAUGAACAGAAUGGUCUUUCGUCUGGUACUAUUGCCUUUAGUAUCGUUCUAUCAUUCUUGGCUCUACUUGUGUUGAUUGGGACAAUCAUCGAUCUUGCUAUUCAAAUAUAUAUUAAUUGGAACAAGAACGAAAAGUUACCUAUCAACGGAUAUGAAGAUUUAUCGGAUGAAAUUUCAAAUAAUAUUUAUAUGACGCCCUAUUUCGGUCAUGGACCUCUUUAUCCUAUUCAACAAGGAUUCGAACCGGUCGGUUGUCGUAAUGGUUCUUGGUGGACUUCAUUUUUAUACAUUGGAAAUUUUUUCAAAUCAGAUAAUAUGUGUCUCGGUGUAACAUGGUAUCUUUUCAAUGACAUGCAAUUUCAUUGGAUUGCUCCGCUAGCAUUAAUUCCAUUUGUAAUGAGACAAAAAGUUAUUGGAUACAUAAUGACAAUACUAUUCGUAUUUGUCAGUAUUGGAUCAAUUCUUGGUCUUCUUCUCUAUUAUCCAAGUAUGGUCACACAUGCAUUGGAUAUUUCAAGUAAUGCGACGGGUCCGAAUUUCUUCGAUAAAAUCUACAUCAUCAUGAAACGAGCAAGUGGAGCAUCAUAA